GCCGCAGGCGGGCGGGGGGAGCCGGCACGCCCGAGCCAAGCCCCAGGGAGAGAACGGGCGGGCCAGGCGCGUAGUGGCGCGGACGGUGUCCAAAGCUCGGCGCCAGCCACCUCGGGCUUCCUAGCUAGCCCCGCGCGGGGCAGCCGCAGGAGCCCUGGCUGUGGCCAGGGGGCAGCGGGCCAUGCCGGGGGCAGUGGAAAGACCCAGCUGGAAGCAGGCGGAGGACAUUAGGGACAUUUACAACUUCCGUGAUGUUCUGGGAACGGGGGCCUUCUCAGAAGUAAUCCUGGCAGAAGAUAAGAGGACUCAGAAGCUGGUGGCCAUCAAAUGCAUUGCCAAGAAGGCUCUGGAGGGCAAGGAGGGAAGCAUGGAGAAUGAGAUUGCUGUCCUACACAAGAUCAAGCACCCCAACAUUGUAGCUCUGGAUGACAUCUAUGAGAGUGGGGGCCACCUCUACCUCAUCAUGCAGCUGGUGUCAGGCGGGGAGCUGUUUGACCGCAUCGUGGAGAAAGGCUUCUACACGGAGCGGGAUGCCAGCCGCCUCAUCUUCCAGGUGCUGGAUGCUGUCAAGUACCUGCACGACCUGGGCAUAGUACACCGGGACCUCAAGCCAGAGAAUCUGCUGUAUUACAGCCUGGAUGAAGACUCCAAGAUCAUGAUUUCUGACUUUGGCCUCUCCAAGAUGGAGGACCCCAGCAGUGUGCUCUCCACAGCCUGUGGGACCCCAGGAUACGUGGCUCCUGAGGUCUUGGCUCAGAAGCCCUACAGCAAGGCAGUGGAUUGCUGGUCCAUUGGGGUCAUUGCCUACAUCCUGCUCUGCGGUUAUCCACCCUUCUACGACGAGAAUGAUGCCAAACUCUUUGAACAGAUUUUGAAGGCCGAGUACGAGUUUGACUCUCCUUACUGGGACGACAUCUCUGACUCUGGGGGUUCAGCUAAGGACUUUAUCCGGCACUUGAUGGAGAAGGAUCCAGAGAAGAGGUUCACCUGUGAGCAGGCCUUGCAGCACCCAUGGAUUGCAGGAGAUACGGCUCUAGAUAAGAAUAUUCACCAGUCGGUGAGUGAGCAAAUCAAGAAGAACUUUGCCAAGAGCAAGUGGAAGCAAGCCUUCAAUGCCACGGCCGUGGUACGGCACAUGAGGAAGCUACAGCUGGGCACCAGCCAGGAGGGGCAAGGACAGACAGCGAGCCAUGGGGAGCUGCUGACAUCAGCAGCUGGGGGGCCAGCAGCUGGCUGCUGCUGUCGAGACUGCUGUGUGGAGCCGGGCCCAGAACUGUCCCCACCACUGCACCCCCAACUCUAGAUCUAGACCCUGGGUCCAGGGUCAGGAUCCCUUGUACGGGAAGCUUUGGGGACCGUCUGGUUCCCUUCCCUCCCUGAACUGGGGAGUUAUCCUGCCCCAACCCCUCCCCAACCCACCCUACCCCUCUUCCACUGCAUUUUCCAUACAAAUGUUUCUAUUUUAUUGUUCCUUCUUGUAAUAAAGUGAAGAAGAUAAAACAACA